AUUCACUACCCAUAAAUAGCAUUUCCAUACAAUGUUACAAGGGCAAAAAAGUUAUCAUCUUUCUUGUUUGCCGAAUUUGGAUUGAUGGAAGGGUAAUGUGCUACAUAACAUGAAGGAGAAACAUGCCCUAAAUAGUAAAAAUGAAAAGGCCAAAGUUUCACCAAAUCUUUUAUGAGUUACUCGUUAUUGGAACCUAUGAGAAGGCCAGAAAAGAACACAUACCUUCUCACGAACCAUUGAUUCAAUGAAGAAAGCGCAGAAAAUCUGGAGAUGUCCAAAACUCCAAAAACAAAUGAAGCUCAAGAAGAGCAAGCUGUAGAAGCCCAGAGAAGUUCUGCAGAAGCUGAGAAGGAAACUCAAAUGGCAGAACUGGAGGCCUCCAAAUCUCCAGUAGCCAUUUUUGAAGAACAAAAUGAAGCUGAAGAAAGAGACUCCCUCUCAAGGGAUAUAUCAAAUUUCAUACUUGGGGAAGCAGAAGAAUCUGAAAGAACUCUAAAGAUCAAUGAUGAAGAAGAUGUGCAAGAUGAUGCUGAAUCUCUUCCUAUGCAACUUUUCCAAAGAACACCCUCUUCUCAUCAGGUAACCAACUUCCAUUUCCAUAGCUCUUCCAUUUCUACUCUUCCGGAUGAGGUACCGGAAAUCUGGACAAAGAAGGUCCAAGGGUUGAUUGAAUCAGCCCUAGCAUCUCAACAUGCCUCCUUUAGGCAAGAGAUAGAGCAGAUGGAAGCCAGGUACAACAAACUGAUUGAGAAAUCCGAAGAGACACACUUCUCCAAUCUCAAGGAGAUAAGCAAAUCAGUGGAUAAAACUCUAGAGAUCAUUUCUCUAUUGAGUAACACUGUGAGCAACACGAUGGAGACAUAUGCAUCUGACAGUUCUCUUCAACUCAAGGAGGUUAACAAAAUCAGAGAGCAAAUAGCAAAUGUCACAGUUAGUCUACAAAAACAAAUGUCCAUUCUCCAAAUGGACAUCAGAGCAGCUCUGGCAGUGUCUUCAGCAAAUCAAGUAGUAACCAAAGACUACUUGAAGGUAAUCAUUGACAAUCAGAAGGAAGCACACAAACUAUUUAGACUUCUUACCACAAAUUCUGGAAAUCGCAAAAUGGAAGUGGUUUUUCAACAACACAGUCCAUCCUUGAUUCCAGAGCUCUCUAUUGCAGUCAAAGAAGGAGAAGUCUCUUACAUUCCUACGCAUCUAAACUUGACUGGUCUAGUCCUUGAAGCUCAGAGAAGUAAUCCGGAAAACUCAACACAGCGUCUAUCCAGCUCAGGAUUGGAUGGAACAGAGGCUGUAGGAAAAAUUGCUGCUCACUUCUCAAAUGAAAACCAAACAGAGGAGAGACGCAACAACAUAAGGCGCAUCAAAGAACUAUGUGGAAACAUGCAAGGCAUCAGGGAGAUUGCCGAAUCUUCAAAGCGCAAGAAGCACUGAAGGUUUUUUUUCAUCAAACCAGGGGGAAAGUAUGUGAAAACAUUAAUUUGCUUUGAUGAAAACACCUUCUUGUUUAAACAUUGCUUUAUUGGUUUAAACAUUGCCUUAAUAUUUCUCUUAAUUGUGCUUACUAUGCUUGAUUAUACCUAUUUCAAGUAUGAUUUUGAGAUUUAUUCCUAGCGCAUACAUUCAGGGGGAAUGCAAUUCAGGGGGAACUUAACUAGUUUUUGGCUAACAAUUGUUUUUGGCAAUGAAUUAUUGAUGAGCUC